AUGGACGCCCAGUUGAACAUCCCCCAGGUUCGUUUUUCUUAAAUUAUUUUUUUCGGAAAAAUGGCUAUUUCAUAGAAUUGGAAUUUUUUUCAAAUCUUUUGUUCGAUUCGAACACAGACUGAAUAGAAUAAUUCUAAAAAUUAGCCUAAAAAUAUAAUUUAAGAAUCAGUCUUAUAUCAAACAUCAACGUCUUUGCUGAACUCCUCAGAUUUUUCGAGACGUUUUGAGAUGAGAUUUCGUCUCGGAAUGUCUCGUAAAAUUGCUCUCGUCUUGUAUCGAGAAGGAAAAGAAACUACCGUAAUUCGAGCUUUUUCUUGCUCUGCUAUUUUUUCUACUUCUCCCAGCCGAAAAAUAGGUUCUCAAAGGCUUGAAAACUUUGAAAGAUGAAAAACUGCAAGGAGUUAAACUUUUUUUGGCUUUCUGCAGAUUUCUUUUUAAUUUUUUUAGCAAAAAAAUUAAGACCAUUUCUAUAAAAAAACAUCACCUUCAAACUCGAAGGAAAAAAACCGACAACCAAUUUGAAAGUCCCAACCUGAAAAAGCGACUGUAAAGGAACGAUUAGACUUUCGAAACGGUCUCAACUUUUUUAAACACGGGUAUUUUUCAAGAAUAAAAAAAUCGGAGCAGAUUUUGCGUUUGAGAUGAAAAACCUUAGCAACUCAAGCUUUGCCCGAUUGCCGAGAAAAAAAUAUUAAUACUUUGAAAAUUCCUAUCUUUCAAAAUAAAAUUUCGUUCCGAAUAUAUUUGUAUGAAGGUUUUCAGGGCCAAAAUUUACAAUAAUUCACAAAAAAAAAUAAUUUCAAAUUUUCAGGCCACAAGAUCCGUCGGCUCACAAACCGACGAGGUUGGAUUGAAAAAAAGGGAUAGCAUCAGCGUUGCGAAAAACGGAAAGAUGAGAAGAAAUAUCGCUAAUUUUUUUCGUUUACUUGAAUUUUAUAGUAAAAUUGUUCUCACUAAGUAAACGAAGAAGCUGAGCGUUCAGAAAUCGACUUAGGCUCUUUCUACAAUUUCUUUUCGAACUUUGUAUGAUUUUAUUUUCAUCAGUUAUCUUCAAAUUUUUUUAAGUCUUCAAUAGAAUUAAAUUUCUAGAAUUUGAUAUUUUUUUGAGACCUUAGUGCUCGAAUUUUAUAACACAACAACUUUCUUUUCGCGGAAAAGUCAUUUCAGAAAAUAUUCAAAAUCGAAUAGUAAAAAAAAAAAAAUUAUUUAACGAUAAUCUAUUUAGGAGUCGUGGGUGUUCGACGAGGUUCUGGUCCAGCGUGAUGGCCAGGACGUUGAGCUUUAUUUCGAAGCUCAGGUGAGACUUUUUUCAAGCUGAUUUCACAUAAAUACUAGCUUCGACUGCGCGAAAAAUGUUGAUGGAGACAUUUUGAAAAAUUUUUGAAAAAUUUUAAAUUUUCCUAUAUAUUUAUCCUUAUUUCAAAGAAUAAAACCUUUCAAUUACGAAAUAAUUAAUAAUUCGAAAUUUCAGGAGGACCGCCCUAAGCCGCGACUGCGGCAAUCAAACCGUGGUGAGCCUUUUUUCGAUAAAACGGAACACCUCAACUUUGCGAAAUACAAGCUCCUACUUUUGCGAAAUAGCUCGCACUUUCCUUUUCGUAGACACAUGGGAAAGCUCUCACGCAUCAGAAAGAAUACUCGAAGAAAAGAAAUAAUUGCGAGAGUUGGACGCAUGAAAAUAAGAAAGUUCAUGCGUUUCAGCAUAUAACGAAAAUCAUGAAAUUUUCUAAAAAUAUAUUUUUUGACCACCGCAAUAAAAAAACAUUUUCAGCGGCUCCCGGAAAGAGUGGUCGACCGUGCUCUGGCCGCCCAAGAACAGCGUAUCCGCUACUUCCUGGAUACGCUGAAGGCCAGGACUCAGCACGGAGGUACAGAACAGUUUCAGAAGUAUCAGUCAUUCUCACGAUUCUCAGCUAACUUGACGAAUCCAACUUUUCAAGCUUCCAGCAAAAAAACGGUUCACGAUUUUUUGCUCAAAUUCUAGAUAGGCUGCAAAGCUUCUGGAAACUUGGAAAUUUGUAACCAUGAUAAGGAAGACGAAAAAUCCGUCCAAAAUGAGAAGAAAAGUCUUUAUCCUCUCUACGAGUUGAUUAUUAUAAGUAGGUCGAACUUUUUUGAUCAAAUACGGAGAUUUCGAGUAUGAAAUUUUUUUAAUAAAUCGAAAAAAAUUGAAUUGUUUGAAAAAAAUAUUUAAGAUCCACAUCAGUACCUGACUAGGACAAAGCUUACAGCUAGAAGUACUUCACCGAAAAGAAAAAAAAAUGAAUGAAUAAAAAGGGAUUUGACAACUUUUUCGCCCUUUUUGAAGCUUAUUUCAAGUCUGUCAACUAUUCAAAAUUGACUCAACGAUAAAAAAAGACAGCGAGACCAGUGGAAUUUGAAUUGAAAAGAAAAAAAUCCCAGCUCUUUUCUAUAUACUUUUUUUCCAUAAACAAAAUAUAUAAAGCUUUUUGGAGCGUCCUAACCCUGAGAACCGAAUAUAGGUUUUUUUUUAUUCAGGCUCAGACCUUGGUAACGCGAAUCGGACGUGUCGGGUCCUUUCUAGUGACUACUUUAGUAGCCUCAGAACUCUCAAGUGAUCCCUAGAAUCGCGCAGAGUCGUCCGGAGCACGUCCGUUCCGAGUUACCAAUGUCCGAGGGAGAUCUUAAAGUGCAAUUCAGUGAAGUAUCGUCAUAAGUUCAACCCGGGGCUGAAAAACGUUCCCUAGGGAAAAUAAAAAAUCAAUAUCACAGAUUAAAAAAAUAUUUGAAACCUUUUUUCAGGACCACCGAGAAAGGACGCCGGAACGGAAACCGACGAGGCGUGGGCCGAAGAAAAGGAGAAAAAGGAGGAGCUCGAAAAAGAGCUCAAAAAAAGAGGCGAAGAGUUGAGGUACGAAUUUAUCAGAAGCCCAAAUAAGAACUGAAUAAACUAGAAGAUGAAACUAAGUCUUAUACAGAAAAAAAUAAUCAUUUGAUUCUGAAACCGAUUUUUUUGAAAGAUCGAAUUUCGCAUAAAAAAACAAGAUACUACUUUUUUUACUUUUUUUCGAAAAUUCGGUUUUUUUUAUUUUUAUUUUUUUACUGAACCGUAUCAAUCAGAAGCUGUAUCACCUUGGAGUAAAAAUAUUGUUUCGAACUGCAAGAAUUUCCAAAAACGUUGAACAGAGAAAAAAUUAUGAUAGAAAAAGUGUGAUUGAAGAAUUAUUCGGUCGCGAUUUUAAGCAAGUGUAUCAUCAAAGUGAGAAGAAACCAAGCUGAGAAAAAUAUUCACAGAAAAUAAAAUUGAAGUCACAAAACAGUUGAGACCUUUCAAUCAAUUCAAUAAUGUUAUAGGGAGGAAAAGGAGAAGGCGACGGAGGCAAACGCCGAAAACGGCCGCCUGGCGGUCAACCUCGCCCAGACGACCCUCGAGCUGGGAUGUUCCCUGGCCAGAGGUCAUUUCUCUUUUUAAUGAAUUCAUUAAUAAAAUCAUUUGCAGAAGAAGUCCUGCGCCAGGAACUUCAACUUCUCCGCGUCAGGCUCGCCCAAGCCGAGGAGGAGAAAGGCAGGCUGGCUGCCCAACUCCAGGUUACUUGAAAACUAAAAUAAUCACCUGUAGAAGUUUGGCAGAUCAGUUAUUGCUUAAACUACAUCAGAUUUGACUUCAAAACAUGAUCGAAUCCAUUUGAAGCUCUUCUCUAUCUCAAUCAAAGCUGAUGUGUUGAAAUAGUCAAUAGUCAAGCUCUUUAUUACAUUAUUUAGUCCUUUCGGUAGUAUGAAAAAAAAGGCCAGCGAAAUUCGAACGGCGACUUUUCUGAUUUUUUCAUAUCUCUAGGGAGCUUUUCGACGGAGAAGUUUCCGACUUUUUAAACUUUUCUUUCUAAAUAUUCCUACAUAAAGUAGGUAGUUGGUUGAUGAUUAAAACACAAAGAAAUAUGAAAAAAAUGUUAAUAAAUGCUUUAUAAACCGAAAAAUUAGAGGGAAAAAAGUCAGAAAUGAAUCUGGCGGAAAUCUUUCUGUCGGAAAUUUCAUUAUCGUUAUGAAAAAAUCGGAAAAGUUGCCGUUCAAAUUUUCGCUGGUCUUCUUUUCACAGCACCCUCCUUUCAAGUCCGUCAUAAUUGAUCUAUUUCGGUUUUCCAAAAAAAAAAAACCAUGACGAGAACUUUUGAAAUAUGAACUUCAUUGGUAAAAAGGAAAUAUUUAUUGUGUAGCCUUUUUGAUUGAAGAGUUAUUAGAAACCAAUAAAAAAAUAGAUCAAAUUGAAUAAAUUUAGGCCGCCGUCCAGGCCCUCGACAUUCCCUGUCGAAGCGGAGCUGGUGAGAUUUUCUUUUUUUAAAUAAAAAAAUUAUCUAGUACUAGUGGCCAUGAAAUUGUGAAGGAUCUAUUUCAAAGUUCAGAGUUUAAAUUCCAAGUUAUAUUCGAAAUCAGACUUUUUUCAUAUUUUCCGUUUUACAAUAAGCCUUUGAAUUAAAAAAAUAUAUACACAAACAUUUUGCUAAUUAAGCAACGAAGUGAAUAAUUUAAGGCCGCCGAGAUCCAGCCGCAAGAGGACGAAGCUGAGCUUCUUCUCCGCCCUGAAGUGAGGAUUUUUUUUCAUGAAAUUUUUAUUUUCGAAGCUGUCGCGGGCACUAUGGGCACUGCACUUUAUGAAAAAAACGCCUUCAAGAGUCUUUUCAAAAAGUUCAAAUCUCUGUCUCGACAUGAAAUUAGCUCUUCGAUAAUUCUUUUCAGAAAAUUGUAAAGUUCUGUGGGAAUAAAAGACAAUCGAAAUCUUCAAACUAGCUUUAGCUCACGAAUUUCAAAUAAGCUUCCAUUCCAAAACCUUCAAGAAAAAGCUUACUAGGGAACUACGCGAACUCGUAUUCACGGAUCGAGUCCAAACUGGGGUGGUUUAAAGAUCUAGGUAAAGGUACUUGAAAACAGGCGAUAUCAUCUGCUAAACCCAAUGAAAUACCAAGUAAAAGCUUUUUGAAAAUUAUCAAAUUUCGGUUUUUCUCCUUCUUUUGGCUGGAAAAAAGUAUUUAGGGUUCAUUAUAGCCAGAUCAUUCAAGGCAAUUGUAUUGAAACAUAAAUGGAGAUAAAAGCAGUAUCCUAAGAAUUUUCAGGCAAUCUGCACAUUUUCUACAAUUUUUUUUUUCUCAACUGCGAAGACUUUUAAAGAAAUGACAACAACGGAAAAAGUCGGCUUCUAGACCAAAUAUUAUUUUGGAAAAGAGAAAAUGACGUAGUUCCUUCCCGCUCGAUUACAACUACGAGUGGCGACCUCUGCCAAUUUAAAAAAGUUUUUAAAAUCACAUUUAAUCCAUUACGAAGCUGGUUUAGAGGGCUUCAGUCUAUGUAUCGAAUUCCCUUUUCGGAGCCUUUUCUAAUAAUUUUGAUUUUAUUUUUUAUGCCGUGUUCAAUUUGAUUCCGCGAAAUGCAAAAUACCCGUUAGAGAAAGGAAAAGAUCACUAAAUUUUGGAGAGUCAGAGAUCAUUUUGCAUUUCGCGGAAUCAAAUUGAACACGGCGUUAUACUUUCUAAUGUUCUCAAUAUAAUAUCUAAGUUAGCCGAAAUCUUUUCUUUAACCGAAUCAUAAUGAAAAAGCUGUUUCUAUAACAUAAAAGCUUUUGACUUCAAAAAAGAUGCAAAUUUUUUUCAGAGUUUUUCAAUAUAUUACUUUGAACGAAUUAUGUAAUUUUUUUAUUGUUAUUGAACUGAAAUAAUCAUAAUCCUUGAUAGGUUUUUAUUCUUUCAAAAAAAUAGGUGAAAAAAAGUUCGAAAGCUAUUUAAUUUUUUUAAAAGAUAUUUUCAAAAAAACUUUUCAAACUGAUAAUUUAUUAUGUAAAGCUUUCGCUAUUCGAAUCAGUGUACCUGAGAAUUUUCGAGUGAAGGUAAAUUGGAAGGCCUGGCGUUGUGGUUUCUGAAAAUGAGAUCGGAAUAAAACGAAUGGGAAAAAUUUUCUUGAACUUCCUAUUUCUUCAAAUGAAAUCAGGGCUACGGAAAGAGUUUGUAGAUUUGAAAGAGAGAGAAAGAAAGUUUUACGGAUACUUCAUAUUCUUCCAACUUGAAAAUUAACAGAAAAACAAAUUUAGAUGGACCAGGCAAGUCCCAGGAAGCGGAGAAGAAGCUCUUCUUCCCACUCGGAAGGACCCUCCGACAAGAGGUCGCGAGGUGGAGAGAGUGGAGGAGAGAGCCCGGACGUUUUCCGCACGCCGGAACGUGGCGUCGAGCAAGCCAGAAAUGGCCACGACGCCACUCCGGGCUACGAAGAAGGAGAAGAAGGAGGGGAGCCGGAGUUGGAAGAAGAGGACGAGGUCGUCCCGGAGAGCGACCAAGAAGAGCUCGCCGAGUCCUCUUCUUCCGGCACAACAUCGCCGGCACCGUCGACCCCGCCACGAACCCCGCAGCCUCCGGCGACGCCACCAAGGACGCCGCCAGCUCAGCCAACGCGACGGGUUAGUUUUCAGCGGAAAAUGGUUAUCAAUGCUGAAAUAAGAAUCUUGAACCAUCCAGUCAGUGAAAAUCUAGAUGCAAAAAUCAUCCUAAACAGCUUUCCUUCUCGAUUCUGAGAAUCUACAUAAUAACGCAGUUUUUUUGGAAUACAAAGUUUUUUUGAAAUCACAAUUAUCAAAAAUCAAAAACACGCGUAGCAAAAAGAAUUACAUUCAUCGUUUUGUCAUCGCGGGAAAUUCUCGCGCAGGAAUCUGAAAUGAGAGAAAGUUGAAAAAUUUCUAAAUAAUAUACUUCAAGUUGGUAAUUGGAAAAACUAGUUUUUUUCAAAUUAUCUUUUUGAAAUCGCGAUGAAAAAAACUGUAACUUAUUUUAGUAAUGAAGUUCUCUCCACUCGAACAAGAAAAACGCAACUACACGACUAAAAAUUUUUCAUGAUAUUUAUGUAUGAAACUUUUUCUUGUCACUGGAUUGAAAAAGUAAAAAUUCUAAUCAAUGCAAUAGCCAACCUCUCUGAAGAGACUCAUUUACGAUGUCAGUUGGAAAUUUGAAACCCGUGCAAAAAUCCCGAUCAAUUGCUCCAUAGGAAUUCAAAAAAAGAAAACCGGAAGCUCUGAUAAACUUUCUAGGAAAAAAAUUCUAAAAAAACAAGCACUUCUCUGUAAAAAAAUUUCCUUAAUUUACCAAAGUAUCUCUAUUUUUUUCUUUGGAUUACCUUUUUUUGAAUAAUUAAAAAAACGAAGAAAAAAACAUCAAUAAUAAUAAAUAAAUUAUGAUUUAAUUUUUUUCAAUAUCAGAAAAAGUUUGAAAUAAAGAAAAAAAUUAAAAAAAUAAACACCAACCUUUUUUUCUUCUUACAACUCCGGCUGCUUGCGUUUUCAUAUAAUCAUAGACUACAAGUUACAGCCCUAUUCAAUGAUUUCGGAAAAGAUUCGAAUCUGAAAAUGAUUACGAAAAACGAAGCGAAAUUUGGAAAAAAUUAUAAAUUCUCAUGAAGAAAAGCGAUUGUUGUUCCAAAUUCGAGCAAAGUACUUCAAAAAAAAGUCUCAUAUAUAAUGAAAAAAACUCACGAAAUAUUUUUUAAAAACUGUUACUUUGAACAUUAGUUAAAUGAAAAAACCUUGUGGAAAAACGAGAGUCAUAGAGCAAAAAAAUUCGAACGAAUUGAUUAUUUUUUUCAAUGAUUUAAGAAAAAAAUAACAAGAACGAUAACUGCAAAAAUUGGAUUGGUUUCAGUAGUUUCGUUCCGUUUUUUUCUCUUCUAUUGGAUAUAUGGAAGCAAACGAUAUCUUUUCAGCAACGGCGCGCCCAGGCGGUCAUGGGGGUUCUCAAGAGGUCGAGCAGGAUCGGCAACAGGCUCCCUGGCCCCCAGCCCAAGCCGCCCGUGGACGCCCAGCCGAUCGCGUUGGCUGUUCUGGCCCCGCAAACGGCCGCCGAAGUCGGCACAACGAUCCUGAAGAGGCUGGCGAACUACGACAGCGGGGUUUACUUCCAAAACCUCGCUGUCACGGUCAAAUUGGGACGGCUCCUCACGACAGCUCGCAGACUCUCGAGGAACCUCCCGUCAUCUACCAAGGACUUACGGGACCUCGAGAGUCUGAAAGAGAGCCUUUCGCGACUGUUCUGAGGUCAGUGUCUCAAAAAAUCAAAAAACAAAGCAAUAAAUUGAGUCAUUUUGCAAAUGUAUGUCUGUAGUGCUCAUUCAAAUUCAGCCUUUUCAGUCCUUAAUUACCGCGAGGAACGAUAACGUAUCGAAAAAAUAACUUUAAUCAGGAAACUUUGAGAAAAUAUUUGCUUUUCAAUUGAAAAAAAAAACAAAAUGAAAAAACAUACAGCGGAGCCGUUUUUGGAGUGACAAAUCGAAUAAAACCAAAAAGAAAAAACUUCAAAAGGUCACGAAAAACUGACUGAAACAUGUUAAUAUGACAUUCAAAGCGAGAAAAAUGAAAUGCCAAAAAAUUAAAAAAAUGCCGGAAAAUUCCCUGUUGGUUUGAGAGAACUUUAAGAGUAGUCAUUGAAAGAAAACUAAAAAUAACUAACCAAUCCGGCACAGGGGAAAAAGCGAACUCGCUGGCGGUACAUUGACGAACUCGCAAAAAUCUCGCUCUGUCCCGCGCGGGCCUCGCAUUUUUUUAGCCGCGACCUCGCAUUACGGAAAAUUCUCCAAAUGCGAGAGCGCCCCAAGGAAAAUGCGAAACCGCCGCAUUUAAGAAGCAGCUUUGUUAACAAAACAUGUUUUGAGGUGUUCAAUGUACUGCAAGCAACCUCGCUAUUAACAGUUAUUUUUUUGUUGAUAAAACACAGAUAAAAGUUUUAAUGUGCGUAAUUGCGUCGGUGUGAUUAGACCGAAUACAUGGCCUCAGGUUUAAAUUUAACAGGAGACUUUUUUAAUUAGAGACUUUUUUCAGUCAAAUUAAAAGAUAUUGCUUUUUUUAUUUCUUUUUUUCAAAUAAAUAACCGAAUCAAAUGAUGUUUGAUUUUUUUACACAACUCUUUCUGAGAAAGUGUAGCCUUCAAUUGUUUUUCAAAUUCAUCUCACUAGCUGAAUCAAAAAUAACUUGACUUCCUUCUUAACAAACAUUGUGAAAAAAAUAUUUAUCGAAUAUUUACUUUUCAAAGCUUGAAGGUCUCCAUUGAGAUAUUUUUUUCAACUGAAAGCCGCUUGUGAACCGUUGAAAAGUUUAUUAUUUUAAGGUCCUCCCAUCCGCCAGCUCUUCGUUGUGCUCGCCUAUCUCUCUCUCUCUCCACUCACAUUUUUUGGUGAGUUAUUUUCUUAUUAAAAAGGCUUGAUUCGUGGGAAAUAGAUAUAGCUGAUUCACGGCUAACUUGAGACACUAAGGGGGCGUGGCCUGUCUGCGCUCUCGACGAACCAGGCACUCUCGCGUGCAUUAUCAUGUCAGGACCCCUUUUUCGAUAUCUCAAACCAGCCGUGGAUUAGCUAUAAAAAACAGUCUGAGAGUUUCGUAGCUUGAAAUUGAAAUCAUUUGGCGCAGACUUGUUCUGUGCCAUUUGGUUUUAGGCUGGGUUGGAUAUUUCUUACUUUCUGAUUUUUCACAUCCAUCAAUGAAUGUAGAAUGAAGACUUAAUUUUUUUAAAAAGCACAAAAAUGGCUUCAUUUCUUUUUCAAGGGAUGAUUGUUGGUUCGCCAUUAUUUGAGCUUACUCAAUAUUUUUUUAUUUGAAAAAAAUCGAAAAAGCCUCGAUAAAAGUUCUGAUCAUUUUAGCCAACUUUUUGUAGUAAAAAAAUUAAACAGUGUAUUUUUUUCUGUUCAAAAAGUCAUUUUUUUGAGGUAUUUGAAAGCGUAAAGACCAGUUUUCUAGAGGUGAUCAGAUCGAAAAAAAUGGAGAGAACUUUUUAUAAAUAAAGUUAAAAUUUUAAACUUCGUUGAUGCAUAUUAUUUCAAUAGUAGCGGAAAGAAAAAUGUUUCUUAUAAAUAUAUUAUUUUAUAUUAAUAUCGUUAAAUUAUCCGGCCGAGCUUAUCAGAAAUUUGUACAAAUUAAUUAAAUAUUUAUUUUUCUGACUUCAAUUCAAAUUAUUAUUUUCAGUUCUCCCCAUCCCGAACUGGUCUUGAUCUUCUCCAUGCGACUUACUUUUUGGGCCGAGGAGGAGUGGAAAGCGGUCUGUCGACCGUUAGUACAACCUCCAAGGAACGAGGUAACUUUUGAAUUUUUUUUGCUUCAUUUUAUUUCUCCCUUUCAGGAAAAAUUGCUGGUUUUUUCCAUCCUUGAUGCUGACGAUCGUCUUGUGAUUUUUUUCUCCAUUGACGCUUUCUCCCUUCUCCCAACCAAAUUGUGUAAGUUUUGAAAUACUUACUGAUCUAUUUCUUUUAUUACCCACGACCUUUUUUGAUGGUUAAAGUCGUGAUUGGAAUUUAUCUCAUAAUCCAAGAACUUAUUUCAGACUUCCAGUACAUUGUUUCUUUCUGCGCACAGUCGCAAGGUUCCCACCGACAACAGGAGACGUCAUUCUCUGAAUGA